AUGUGCAAUGAUCUGGCGGAUCCUUACGUUCAGCGAGAGCUUUCACGCAGUAUAUGUUCAGCCAAUUCUGCGCCUCAACCUCAGCGGCCUCGUAUUGCUAUCCGCUCGGAGUUUGAGAUCCAACAGCAUGCCGUUUGGCGCCUCACGCCUUCUACUCGAAGAGAGCAUGCUCUGGCUGGAAGGCUUCAUCUGUCUUAUAUCGAAAACUUGAUCCAGCGCCAAGGCGAGCACGAGGUCCUGAGUUCCGUAUAUGCAUGGGAACCAUGGCCCACACCCUCGGUCAUGGAAUCGGGUGUCUCUGCCAGACUCUGUCUCUACGCAGCGAAGUACUUCCAGUCUGCUCGGCAAUUUGCAAUAACUCGGCGAUCUCUUGAGCAAUGCUUGACGCUUGGGUGCAACAUCAGCCGAUCUUUGAUUAUUAGUAGGCUGGCGGAUAUCCUGUGCGAACUCCAGGAUUAUGCAGGAGCGGAGUCAAAGAUCCAGAGUGGGAUGUGCAACAUGGAGAAGCACGGGAAACGGGGAAGGCUAUGGAGACGCUUGCAGCUUGCCUCAGUUGAGGUUGCUCUGGGAAAGGGAGCGCUCGAGGAUGCAGAAAAGCAACUUCAGCUGAUCGGCAUUGCGCCACCUGUUCAGGACAUCACCGACGAGCUGCUGCAUGUCCGCAGCAUUAUGGCAAAUGCUCGUAUUCAGCAUUGCCGAGGCCAUUACAGCGAAGCUCUGCAGCGCUGGGAACAUGCUCUUGAUGCUACACGACAACUCCCAAGCUUCAGAAAAGGCACUGGGUUCACUACAGCAAUCAUUCACCUUUCUGUAGCUCAUGCCCAAGUCUCGCUAGAGAACGACUUGGCUGGUCAGAAAUCCUACGAAGCUGCAUGGUCGCCACGAUAUGGCUGUUGA